UUCGCGGGAGACCCCAGGGCGGGGAGACCGAGGAGCAGGAGAACAGCUUUGGCGUCCCAGCUCCACGCGUUGCAACUCUGAUGUGCUUGUGGUGUUCUGGAGCUGCAGCCAUGGGCUCGUUCUACCGUGGCGUGAGGCGUGUGGGGCCGUCCGACUUCCAAGCCGAGCUGGCGUGCAUGGCACGCGCGCGGUGCGACAGCGAGGGGUCUGCUGUGGACGAGGGAGACCUGGAGGCCGUGGAGGUGCUCAUGUCUAUCGGCCGCCCUCGGGGGUCGGGCAGAGGCAGUGCGCGGCCUCUCACCCCUGGCUCCGACUGCUCCAUGGAGGUGGAGGAAGUGGCUCUCAAUCCGGAGCGUGUGGGGCAGCCGUCUGUGUGGAUGACGCCACCGUACAGCCCCGUCAGCUUUGAGGGAGCCCCGGCAGUGCAGCCGCCCUCCAACUGCACGCCGUCGGCCCCUGCCACCGUCAUGAGUAACUCGGGCAGUGGCAGCCUCCUUCUGACGAGUGCUGUCAUGGGCGACGUACGGCCUGCCACCAUGCACAUCACUGCCCUGCAGGGCCAUGCCCACUCCUCCAUUAGCCACGCCUACACACCAGUCACCCACGCCCAGCACACGAUUGUUCAUGCCCACCACAAUGUUCAUCACAGCUACCAGACAUUUGGCCACAACCACCAGACUGUAAGCCACGCCUGCCAGAGUGUGGCCCACCAGACAUUUGGCCACACCCAACAGCCGGUUAUCCACACCCACAAGAGUGUUAACCAUACCCAACAGACGAGCCACACUGACCAUCCAGUGGGUCAAGCUCACCAGACUGCAAGCCACACUCACCAGUCGACAAAGAACCAUGUGCCUAGCAGCCUGGAGAGCCUCCUUGGCGAGCCAUGCCAGCCCAUCCAACAGUCUCCCUCAACCCGCCCAGUGGCCAUGGCGACGAGUGUUAUCCGGCACACGGCUGACACCAUCAUGCACACUGUGGCCCAUCCCAACGAGCGCCGUGCCGACACGGCCCCAGCGCCGGCAGAAUGCACGCCCACAUCCUCGGCAAUCUGUCCGACCAUCACACGCGGGCACACGGCAGCGCCGCGCACGCACUCCCCUAGCUUUUCCACCACUCCCGUUUCUGUCCUGCCAUCCUCGUCAUCCGUGUCAUCGACGGUGGUGGCAACGGCAACACCAGUCCCAGCCAAGCGUCCUGGCCGUGGACAGCAGGCGGUCGUGCCUAUCGCUCCGAGCGCACAGCCCGCGUCCAUCCUGCCGGCACCCGUGCUGAUGAUGCGCACGCCGUCCACACAGCAGCCGUUGGUGCUCAUGGGCAGCCUGGUGUCGCAGGCCGGCACGCUGAUGGUGGUGCUUCCUCCGCAAGCCGGGCAGCAGCAGCUGGUGGCAACGAGACGCUCGCCGCCACCUACUCGGCUGUCACCGCUGGCACCGGCCCCGUCGUCUCUCUGUGCCCCCGGCACGCAGCCGCCGGCGCCGGUGUUGCCGGAGCUGGCGCGCAGGCGGACGCACGUUUGCUCGCACCAGGGGUGCGGGAAGACCUACUUCAAGAGUUCGCACCUGAAGGCGCACCUGCGUACACAUACAGGUGAGAAGCCUUUCCGCUGCUCGUGGGAGGGUUGCGAGCGUCGCUUUGCACGCUCGGACGAGCUGUCGCGCCACCGGCGUGCGCACACCGGGGAGAAGCGCUUCGCCUGCCCGGCGUGUGCACGCCGCUUCCUGCGCAGCGACCACCUGGCCAAGCACGCACGGCGGCACGCGGCGCCAGCGAACCGCGCCGCGCCGGGUUGGCAGCUUGAGGUCCGGCGGCUCGGGGGAUCUGUGCCAGCACCGACGACGGGACGCGUUCGCGUGCUGGGGCCCGCUGCGCCACCCGUGUGAUGUGCGAUUCCCUCGCCACACUUAUCUCUUAUCCCCCUCUCUGUCCCUCUUUUAUUUUCUGCACUCACCGAUCUCUCACCUCCCCCCUAUCUUGUGUUCUUAUCUGCAUCUUUGUUCUCUGAUCAUCACUUAAUUUCUCAUGGUCCCAACACCUGCUGCUUUCUUCCUUGCCGACUGUAUCUUAUUCCCAGUCUUUAUUUUUCCAUUUUCUUCCCUUAUCGCCACUCCCUUCCCAAUUUCUUCCCAAUAACAUUAACCUAUUUUUUCUUGCCUUCAUGUUUCUGUCUGCUCUCAUCACUUACUCUCCUUUUCUUUUUGCUCCUCACUAUUCAUUGCCACCCAACCCCUCCUUUUCCAUAUUGUGUCCCCUGACAGUCAUGCUUCACGUUCAUAACUUCUCCACUUUUAUAACCUCUCCACUCUCUUCCUUAAGGCUAUCUUUUUCUUCUUACCUCUUCCUUCAUCUCUUCUUCCUCUCCACACCGCACUGACCAGGGAUGGCUGAGGCUCAUUCCGGAGAGGAAUGAUUUACAUGCAUGUACAUAUGUACGAGGUGCGGUCAAAAAGUUUUUGAGGACAAUAAACUUUAAAAAAUAGUGGUUUAAAAAGUGGUCGUACCGACUUAAAAGUAAGGCUUAUUUUAAAGCCCCAUCUUUAUAUGAUAAUUAUAGAAUAUAGGAAUAUAUUGGUGUGAUUUGUUAUUUGAGAGUGCGAGUCUUUGCAUGCCUUGAAAUGUUCCAGUCUAAACUUUUUGACCGCCCCUUAAAGUGUUUCCGGAAGACAUGUGGAAAUACAAAUGUAAUGUUUAAUUUUGAAAUAUAUAUCGAGGCUUAAUGCUAAGCUGUGUUACUUUUUGAUCUUAAGCCAUCCAUAGUCUUACGUAUGGUGCAAUUGUAAAUAUUGAUAGUUGUGUAAAUCGUUUAGGUAAAAGCAUUUAACUAAGAUUUCUGCUGAUCAGUUUGAGCAGCUUUAUAGACGGGGGUAAAUCUACUAGGAACUGAAUAUUCAAAUUACACUUAUUUUCCUUCCCAUAAAAUAUACAUUUAAGUACCCACAACACAUUUGAUUGAAAGUCAAAAGUCAUAGCUGUAUUCAACCAAACAACUUUAUUUCAGCAGUAAAACAGGACCUCGAUCCUUUAAAGCUUUGGUUGGUGCUGACAUAAAACAGCGGAAUUUAGCUUGUAAAACACAUAUAAAAGGUCUCUGCUUAUUUGCCGUUUAUAGUAAAGAAUUGUAAAAAUACACUUUUAAUGCCCUGUAUUCAAAACAGAGGGCUUGCCCAUCAUUGUGUAGUUCUCCAUGCCGCGAUGCAGCCUAAAUGUGUUUUCAGUUUUAGCAUGCAUUCUUUUGGAAUAAGAUCUAAGGCAUGAAUGAAAAGUGACUUUGGAGACACGUUAAGGUUCAUAUGAUCGAGGUUCUUCUGUAAGCGUUUAAACAUGAAUGAACAAGGCAAUAAUUGUGACACAAAUCAACUUUAUUCAAUUAAGUUUAUUUUUGUCAUCCCAACUUUUUUUACCGAAUUGGCAUUGCAUAAGUUGAAUAAUUUAGGAAUUCAUGCAGAGCAAUGCAAUCCUGUCAUGUUAGCGGUCUCCAGAAGUUAAAAUAACGUAACUACUUUUGAAAUCUAUUCAAGUAACUCCUUAUCCACACUCGAGAAUGGCACAUGACAUUAAAAUGUACAUUUGUAAUUCCCAGGGAUAGAAUAUUAAGUGCAAAACUAAAUUUAACAUGGUUUAUUGUGUUGUCAGUCGUGACCAACUUUAGACCCUUGACUUUUCACACUUGAGAACCUGGUUAAGUCACAGGCCUGGAUCGAACUCAGGAUCUACGCUGUGCCAACUCAGCGAUUGGACAACUGAACCACUUGGCCACCUCUGGUUUAUUUUAUUAAGAUAAAUUAAAAUUUGAAUAACCUUACAUUUAAAUAACAAAUAUUAAUAUUACCUAAAGCUACAUUAAUAUGUUGAAUGAAAAAUAAAUAAAUAAGUUGUUUCAAUAUUUGUUUUCUAUUGGUUUUUCUAUUACCCUUGGUUUAUUAACCAAACAUAAUUUAUACAUUAAUUGUUUGAAAACAACAUUGUUAUAUCCUUGGCAGUUUCAGCCGAGGAUUUGUAUAUACAUUAAUUCUUGCAUCUGAUUUGUCUGAAUCGAGUGACAAAUUUGGCUUGGGUGAUGAUGCCACCCAUCAUCCUGGUUUAUAUUUAUCAAGGCACUUGCACCGAGUUGUGGCUGUUGCACCCCAGGGGAAAAUGUUUAUCGUGUCGAGUCUUCAACUUACCUCGGCAAUUGCCAAUUACAGGUUGGGGGAGACCAGUAAUGGUGGGGAGCAGACAGUAUGAGAUUCGUGCCAGGCCAAGGCAAAAGUGUUGGCAGGCCUGGAGAAUUCGAUCCUCUGUACACCAGUGUGCAAAAACACAACAGAUUCUGUGUUCUACUUAAUCGAACGGUGAAGAAACCCGUUUUUAUGCAGAUGACAAAAUAAAUGCCUAAGUUGGUGACUAAUUGGCAUUUUCACACCAAAUAUCAUUUGAAAUUGCCUUCCAAUGUUUGAAUCGUUGCCUUUCUCGCGCACAUUUCCCGACCGAAUUAAAACAUGGUUCAGUACAGUUUACCUUUUAAAUUUUAUUGCAAAGUUUGUUGGCACGGAGUUAAAAACCGAAUGAGGUAAUUCCCCUGGGCUUGCAACACUGCUGCCCGAUAGGGGUUCACAGUCAUCACUUCAGGGAGCAAAAGACAUUGAACCAGAGAGCUUCAUUACUUACACUGCACGUGCUUGCAAAACCCACCGACUGGCAAGUUUCUAUAAUAUUCUCAAAUUAGAUAAUUUUUUUACAAAACCUCUGUUUUUAUUUUAACCCUUGUAUUUUUUUACGUUACAAACUUGAUUAAUGAAGCAUAUAUUUUGCGUUUCAAUUUUAUGUAUCAUUUUUCGAACUUAUUGGAAAGUGUGCUUCUUUACAUAGUGUGUACACUGUACAUACAGUUUUACAUAAAUUGUGCAUCACAAAUGCCAGCCGGUAAAACCUUGGCGGUUCAGACCAUGUUCUAACCUAUCAACGUAUUUUUUACACACUUUAUUAUUCAGCAAUAUCUUGUUGCUCAACUAGGCCUUCUCAGUCCUAAGGCCCAUUGAUUGAAUUACGACAUCAUGAAGUAUUGGCAAACUUGCCUUAUGCAUAUAGAAGUUCACCUGUUUUUAAAGCACUUUCGUGUGGCCGUGUAUACAAGCUGAUGAAACAUCCACUCUCCCGCUGUUUCGUUUGCUGCUGUGUGGCUUGGAAUGUGUCAAAAGCAGUUGAAUGAUUCUGGCCAACUCCAUUGAUGGCAAAUGUCCCAAUCUCCAUGUGAAAAUUGCACGUAAAAAAUUCUGCCGUGCUAUAUAAACAUAAAACAUUCUCUCAAAGCGGUUCAGAAUGAAGGUUAACUCCAUCCAUUUCGAGCAUAUCAAACUUUUUUUUUAAUACUUGAAAUGAUUAUCUUGUAUAUUGUGGCCAUUCUAAUUUUAUUGCAAUGCUGGACUGUUACCCUCUGCAGCUGGAGACUGGAUUCUGUUGUCUGUGCCCCAUCCACCAACCAUCACUUGUUAACCCUGUGUAUCGACACAGAAUGGUAUUCUCCGAAUGAAUAGUGUCAGGUUUAAUUUGAAGCGUAACAUUCUGUGUGCAGUUUGGGCUGACCUCAAAUCCCUAUUAUACUGCCUUGUUUGCUUGUACAGUAUUGCAUUGUACACAUCGUUAGCGAAACCAAAAUGUACACUUAUUUGCGCGGUUUGCACUCUUAUUUACUAUCACUGACUUGAUUUUUUUGUUUUUUGUCUGAAAUUUCCACGUUUUUGUAAAUUCCUUUGUAUAUUUUUAUCACUACAAAAAAUAUAUUAAAGCGUUUUUUCAGAGUAUAUUACAUAA